AUGGAAGAGGUUUUUAUCUUUCCUAAACCUGGAGAAAUUAUUACCCAUGAUUUUCGCCAAUACUCAAAUUUAUCGAAUAGUUCAAGUGGAACCUUGAAAUGUCUUCAGUGGAAUGUUGAACGCAACUAUUGUUCAUCAAAGAUACUUUCCACCUUGGAAGAGCUGGACCCGGACAUUGCAUUUCUUCAAGAGAUAGACAUUGGUUGCAAACGCUCCGAGGGCAAAAAUCAUUUUAAGGAGAUAGCAUCUAGAUUAGGUUGGAAAGGUGGCUUUGUAUGUGAAUUUUUGGAGUUGGAAAGCGAGUUAAGAAGAGAACGAGAUCAAGGAGGUGGAGUUCACGGUAACGCCAUAUUUACCAAACACGAAAUAUCCUUUCGCGUUAUUGACCAUAAGCACCAUCCUUUGGAUUGGGAACGAGAGGGCGUGUCCUUUCGUGAACCGAGGAUAGGAAGGAGAUUUACAUUGGUGGCAGAAGUGUUGACACCGAUUGGCCCGCCAAUUUUAUGCUAUUGUGUUCACUUAGAGGUUUUCUGUGGGAUAGUCGGCAGAAUCACUCAAUUUUCUGAAAUAUUAGCCGACUCCACCAAACACAUUGAAACUCAUCCAAAUCAAUUGAUCUUUGGAGAUUUGAACACCUUGGGGCAUUCAAUCGCCCGACUGUCGCCAUUGUACUGUACGGACAGAUAUCGCUUCUUGUCAUUGGGUUGGACCGAGUCCGAAUGGUGGGACGCCAACCUUUUUGGUUGGCACGUUUGUGACGGGGAGAUUAACCUUAAACUGCAAUCCGGGGGAUCCAAAACCUUGGAGGCAUUUUUGAAGACAAAUCAAAAGUUCAAUGAACGCGAUCUUAACAUAACCUCUGGAUUUUCAUCAGGAGUGUUACGUGCGGCUCGAAAUCCAGGGUUUUAUGAUCCUUGGUCACCAACCAAGGAUAUCACCUUGCAUAACAUGAACUACCCGGUCUUAUUCUCGGCAAAAUUGGAUUGGACAUUGGUGUGUGGAUUUGACGUGGUCAAUCGGUGGAUGGGUAACGACGAUUAUUCAGCUUCGGAUCAUAAAUACAUGAUGGUGGAAUUGAAAUUCGAUGUUGAGGAGGAUGCGGUCGGUGAUGAAAAUUUAAAAAUUUUAUCAUCAAGAGAUCGAUGGGAGAAGAAAAGAAAUCUUUGGAAGGGUGAAUUAGACGAUGUGACAAAUAGUAAUGGCGGAAUGGGAAGGUGGAUGAAGAUUGUCGGACUAGGAGUUAGUGUUGCGGCAAUUGCGACCACGAUUCUCAGACAGCGAUAA